AUGAAUUAUAACCAGUUAGAGGAGCAAGGAGAUAAAGAGCUGUUUCAUUUCUUGGCAAACUCUCCAAAGGACUUCAGAGAAGGGGAAAGAAUCAGAAAAUACCAAUUGAAGAACGGGGAUUACAUUCAUUGCAUACUUUGGAAUAUGCACUUCUAUGUCACUGGGACAGACAUUGUAAAAAUACUUGUUUGGCGAUUCCAAAACGCGGGGAGGCACAUUGCAAGCCACAAGAAGUUUGAGGAGGGGGUUUUCUCCGACCUGAGAAACCUGAAGCCUGGAAUCGACGCCACGCUGGAGUCCCCUCGCUCAGACUUCCUCGAGUUCCUGUACAAGAACGGGUGCAUCCGAACCCAGAAGAAGCAGAAGGUGUUCUUCUGGUACUCGGUUCCGCACGACGCCUUGUUCUGCGACGCCUUGGAAAGAGAUCUGCGCCGGGAGACAAACCUAUACACAUACAGCAAGUACAUAUGUGGCAUGCCAGGAAUGCCCCGGCCGCAAACAUUUGUGCAGCAAAAGAAAAACCUGAAAACAUACAUUAGAGAGAACAAAAUAGACGAGAAAAAAAAGGUCUCCCCCAUAAAGCUUGGCAUGAGGCCAGAAGAAAAGCCUGAGGUCUCUCCGGUGGAAAUAGACCUUUUCAAAGACUCAAGCUUGCCAAACCCGACGCCUGUUUUCACGUCUUCUUCUUCUUCCUAUACCUCGCACAUACAGCAAUUCAUUCAGCCGAGCAAAAAGCCAGCCGCCUCCUCCAGCUACAACUUUAAUGAGCUAGACAUCUUCUCGGAUGACUCUGCCUUUAUAGAAAGCAUUGUUGGCGACAGCUUCUCCUUUUCUCAACCGUUUGAAAAGUCUCUUAUAUUUGACACUGGCUGCAGCAAUAAAAAGGCAGAGCUGGAAGAGUUUUCGUUUGUCAAUCCCAAAAAGCUGACCUCCGGGAACGGAAGCGGGCUACAAAAAGGAUAA